GCAAAAGUCAAUAUGGUAACUUCAUACCAACACCCUACGACUCGGCUAUAAAAUGCAGACAGGGUUUGGCGUCCUCAAGUAUCGAUCCUUGCUAUAAAUCUUUGCUUGAGCAGUAGAAAUUGUUCUUUCUUGCAUUUUUCCUGCUAGCACUCUUGCUCGAACAGUGGAAAUUCUUCUGGCCAACUUUCUUUUCUCAAUUACAAAAUGCCAACAGGCAACGAGAAGGUUAACAUUAACAUUUUGGUCAUGGGCCAAUUCAGAUCUGGCAAAUCAACAAUCGCCCGUAAAAUCUCUAAUCCCGAAGUUACUAACAUUAACAAGCAUGUUUCUAAAAAGUCAGACAAGGAAGCUACUAAGAUGAAGAAGAAAUCAUUCAAGUAUGAUAGGGCGCUUAAAAAGCUCGAGGCUAAGCAUAAGCAUGGUACCACAAUUGAUACCGCCCUGUUCAAGUUUGAGACAACCAAGUACCUAGUCACAGUCACUGAUGUUACUGAUCGUCGCGACUUUAUUAAGAACAUGAUCACCAGCAUUUCUCAGACUGACUGUGCCAUUCUAAUUGUUGAUUCCACCGCUGCUCCUUACAGAUUAGAUGAACAGACUCGUGAGCAUGCAUUGCUUGCUUACAACCUUGGUGUCAAAGAGAUGAUCUGUCGCUGCAACAAGAUGGAUGCCACCACUCCCGAGUACUCCGAGGAGAGGUAUAAUGAAAUUGUAAAGUCAAUCUCUUCCUAUUUGAAGAGGGUGGGCUACACUGCCGAUAUCCCUUUCAUUCCCAUCUCUAGUUCAAAGGGUGACAACCUCAUUGAGAGGUCUACCAAACUCGACUGGUACAAUGGUCCAACUCUCCUUAGAGCACUUGACCAAAUUCGGGAACCUGAAAGACACUCUGACAAGCCUCUCCGGCUUUCACUUAAGGAUCAUGACGAGAUUGGCAGAAAUGGUAUCAUCGCAAUUGGUCAAAUUGAGACGGGAAUUCUCAAGCCUGGUAUGAAGAUCACAAUUGCACCAAUUGGACUCACUGCAAAAGUUAAGUCCGUUGGAAUGAAUCGUGAAUCAGUUCAGGAGGCCUUUCCAGGUGACAUUGUUGGUAUCCACAUGACGAAGAAGAAGAUUGAUCUUAAACGUGGAUAUGUUGCAUCCAACUCUAAGGAUGAUCCUGCAAAACGAGCUAUUAGCUUUAAAUCUCGGCUCGUUAUACUGAACCUCCCUGGAGGAUGUUUGAUUCCUAAUGGAUAUGAAGCAAUGCUUCAUUGCCAUACCUUUCAUGGUUGUUUCCUUUUUAAGGAAAUCAUGAGUAAGUCCAACUUGAUGUCCGGUACCGAUGAUCAGGAUGAUCAAGAACUUAAGCAUAUUACUCAGGUGAACCCCGACCAUUUGGACAAGGGUGACAUUGGGAUUGUGGAGAUGGUUCCGAGGGAACCCACGGUUGUGGAGGCUUUUGAAAAGUAUCCGCCACUGGGACACUUUACUAUUACUGACAUGGGGCAGAUGGUUGGUGUUGGGGUUAUCAUGUCUGUAGAUAAGGAAGAUGGUGAUGGAGCUAAUAAGAGGGGCAAAAAGUCUGUUGUCAUCAAGUAUGGGAAGAAGUUGGUGAUUGCAGUGGCUGAUUUAAUUUUGGAGGCAUUGACGACUAGUUAUGUAAAUCAAUUGCUUUGCCCGGAAUCUGACGAUGAAGAAGACGACAACGAGGACAAUAAAAGGUAGAACUAUUAGUAGUGUGAUGUCAUAACUAAGUAAUCAACUUUUGUAAUAAUCUUUGUUAACAGAAUCUAUCUGCAAAUUAAGUUGUUAUAUAUACCUAUUCUAUCUUGAUAUAGCAUGUAUCAAUUUAGGACCUUUUAUCAGGUUGUUGUUGUAAUCGGGUUUAUCAAUACUCAAUAUCUUUGCACGUAUCAA